AUGCCUCCUCCGAAUAAAGCGAGCGACGAUCAAAAAGUCGUCCUCAUUGGCGGUCAGCAGCUCCUCCGCGUCAGAGACGAAAAGACCGGCGAAUUCGUGUUCCGUCCUCUCGACGAGAAAACGGGAAAAGCGAAAACGAAAGAAGCCAUCGAUCAAGAGAAACUCGAAGCGUAUAAAGAACGAAACAAGGAUAAGUUUUUGGACUCGGAUAUGAAACGAUGGGAAGAGGAGAGGAAACGAGCGAUCGUGGAUAAACGGUUUAAAGAGGCCUCGAAAUUGAAAUGGGAGGAACGGGAGAGGAAAGAGAAACUCGGGAUAUCCGCGCCGACGAGGACGAAGACGAACGCGAGCAAUAACAUCAACAGAGGAAAGAGCGAUUCGUCGAAAGGAGGAGGAGAAACGAAGAAAAAGAGCGGCGAUAAACCUAAAAAGUUGUCGGAAAAGAGGAUGCAGAAGAAGAGAGAGUGGCUGGAUAAACACGGACGCGUGCGGAUGCCGGAACCGUCGAAAGCGCUGGCGGAACUUCGCGAGGAGAUGAAGCAGGCGAAGAUGAACAACUUGGAGAAGGUCAACGCCGGGAAGUUUUCGUUUUUGAAGAUGGCGUUGGAGUUAGAGGAAGGGAAGUUUCAGACGGCGACGAGAGAGGCGAGGGAGAGGAAUUACGAGUUUGAGAGGAAGGCAAAGAACGUGAGGAACGGGGAGAUGGACGGGACGGAUUCGGAGGACGAGAGCGACGACGAAGCCGGCGGGAACGGGAGGAGGAAACAUAGAAUGCGAGAGGCGGAUGCGAACGAUCCAGAUUUUAGGAGAGAUUUAGAUCCACCCAUAGUAAAGAGAGGGUCGGAUGCAGAUUUGUUGGAUCCGGAUUAUAGGAGAGACGCGAUGCCGUCGGCACCGGCGCCACCGCCUCCAGCGGCAGCGCUGACGCAAAAUAAGAAGAAACCGCAAAAGAAACCGCAACAAAACAAGAAACUGCCGCCGAAGCAGCAGCAGCAGCAGCAACAACAACAACAACACCACCAAAAGCAAAACAGCAACGCGGCGAUAAAAGCUAUUCCGAAGCCGAAGUUUGAGAAUUUGAGUUUGAAUGGCUGA